AUGAGAAAAGGCCCCGAGGGGGCGGGCGGGGCCCAGCCCAGCCCCGCCCCGCCCAGCCCAGAAGAGGCCAGGCUCGCCCCCCCGCCCCGCAGUCGCCCAGCCGUCCAGCGGGCCAUGGCCCUCGCAGGCACCCAGCCGCCCCCGGAGGCAGAGCCCCCCGGCCAGCCGCCGGCCCCGGCCCCCCAGGAGAGCCCCGCCGUCGGGCAGCGCCGCCAGGCCAAGAGGAAGAAGAAGUACCGCCGCCACGCCAAGCCCCCCUACACCUACCUGGCCAUGAUCGCCCUCGUCAUCCGCGCCGCCCCGGCCAAGCGCCUCAAGCUGUCCCAGAUCAUCAAGGAAAUCAGCGCCCUCUUCCCCUUCUUCAAGGAGGGCUACCAGGGCUGGAAGGACUCCAUCCGGCACAACCUCUCCUCCAACGACUGCUUCUCCAUGCUUCUGAAGGAUCCGGCCAAGCCCAACGCCAAAGGGAACUUCUGGACCGUGGAUGUGGACCGCCUCCCGCCAGAGGCGCUCAAGCUGCAGAACACCCCCAUCUCGCGCCAGGAUGAGGUGACCUUCACCCACGACUUGACCCCUUACAUCCUCCACGGCCUCCCUUUCACGGCCUUGUGUCAGCCUGGCAAGUGGGCGCUACCUGUGGCUCGGCCCCUCCCGGCCAGAGGUGCGGCAAAGGCCUCCCAGCCGCACCGGGUCAGCUCUUUUGCUAUUGAGGACAUGCUGCCCAACUUGAAGAGGGAGGAUUCGAAGCUGGAACCAGAAAGAGCCGCUCCUGCAUCCUUGCCCUCCCCGCCCGCUGCAGCCCCAGACAGCCAGGGCCUGUCCCCGGGGAGUGGCGACUCCUCUUCCUGGAGCGACGGGAGCUCUUUGGCCUCUCUCUCCCCGGCCAGGCCUCCCCAGUUCCUCUGCGCCUGCAGCAGCAAGGUUUGCUGCAUGUCUCCCAACCCCACAGUGUGCCAGUUUCCCAUCAUGCCCUGGGGCCAGCUGCCCGCCUCUUACACCGCCGCUGCCCGUACAGCCCCGCAGCCUACUUGGAUUCCGCCUAUUGGAACAUGGUAG